AUGCGCAGCUGUAUCACUGAUGUUACUGGCAUGCUCUGGGAUAUCAUUGAGACCAGAGACUCCAUGAUCACCAUCACCAUGCGUAAGCAUCUGGCAGAAAAAUUAAGGCCAGUCUUCGCCAUGCUUCACUGCCUUGAAGGUGUUUCUGAUCAAACCUUUAAUCUGAAACAAGGAGCAGAAAGUAUGGAUGGUGGAUCAAGAAAAGAAGGACCUACAGCACCUGUCAAGCCUAUUGUCAAGAACAAACCUAAAGGCAAGGAAAAGCUGUUUCGUGAUGACCCAAUAAUUGAUAAUGAAGAAGAAGAGGAGCUUACCGAAGACAAACUGAAAAGACGAAAAGUUCAUGAAGCUGAACUGGAUGAGCAUCAACGGAUCAUUCGUGAAGCUGAAGAAAAAGAAAGGGCUGACAAAGAAGCACAAGCUACUCUUCAGAGCAAAAAGCUCUUGUUCCCCCAAUGGACCCCAAAGCGAAUGCAGUAUGAUGCAGUUGAUCUUCCAACCUAG